GAGGAGCAGAGUCUAGAUCAGGAUGGCUCCCUCCCCCAUCCGACCUGCUCCUACACACUGCUCUGCUUUCCUCCCUCUGUGGGCGGGGCUGUCUCUUGAUGUGCGCCCUGAGCUGAUGUUGGUCGCUCUGAGCAGUGGGAAGGUCAUCGUCAUCCUGCAAACUGCGCCCAUCCUCUUCUUCCCAACCACUGGCUUCCGUCACUCUAAUUUUGGUCCUGUUUGAUUUCAAUUUGCCUCAGUUUGAAGGUUUCUUUUUUUUCAUUUUAAGGAGGAUCGCUUAGGAUUAGCUCAGCAGUUUUAUCAUGCACUUUGCUGGCAUGUAGCGCUAUUGCUGCAGGAGGAGUCGUUACCUCAUCAGCUUUUCUCCAUGCCAAACUCUAUGAGGCUCUGAUUUGACACCGAAACCAAGGUUUCCUUGAGCUACAUAGAAGAUGUCCACCAUGGUGUAUCCACGGGAAGAGAAGCUUGAGAAGCUUUCUCAGGAGGAGAUUAUCUCCAACACGAAGCUAGUGAUUCAGGGUCUGGAGGCUCUGAAGAAUGAGCACAACUCCAUCCUCCACAGCCUCCUGGAGACUAUCAAGUGCCUCAAGAAGGAUGAAGAAGCCAACUUGGUGCAUGAGAAGUCCAACCUGCUCCGCAAAUCAGUGGAGAUGAUUGAACUGGGCCUGGGAGAAGCACAGGUGAUGAUGGCCCUGUCCAACCACCUGAAUGCGGUGGAGUCAGAAAAGCAGAAGCUGCGUGCGCAGGUGAGGAGGCUUUGCCAGGAAAACCAGUGGCUGCGGGAUGAGCUGGCCAACACCCAGCAGAAGCUGCAGAAGAGUGAGCAGAGCGUGGCCCAGCUGGAGGAGGAGAAGAAACACCUGGAGUUCAUGAACCAGCUUAAAAAAUAUGAUGAAGAUGUCUCACCCACUCAAGAGGAGAAGGACCGAGAGACACCAAAGGACUCCCUGGAUGACCUCUUCCCUAAUGAUGAGGAGGAGCAUGGCCAAGGAAUGCAGCACCAACACAACAGUGCGGCAGUGGCUGCAGCUCAGCAGGGAGGCUACGAGAUCCCUGCUCGUCUGAGAACCCUGCACAACCUGGUGAUCCAGUACGCCUCCCAGGGCAGGUACGAGGUGGCCGUCCCCCUGUGCAAGCAGGCUUUGGAGGACCUGGAGAAGACCUCUGGACAUGAUCACCCUGACGUGGCCACCAUGCUCAACAUCCUUGCCUUGGUCUACAGGGAUCAGAACAAAUACAAAGAAGCUGCCCAUCUGCUCAAUGAUGCUCUGUCCAUCCGGGAGAAAACUCUGGGCAAAGACCAUCCGGCUGUUGCCGCAACACUGAACAACUUGGCUGUGCUGUAUGGAAAGAGGGGGAAGUACAAGGAGGCUGAGCCUCUCUGCAAGAGGGCUCUUGAGAUCAGAGAAAAGGUCUUGGGGAAGGACCACCCGGAUGUGGCCAAACAGCUGAACAACCUGGCCCUGCUUUGCCAGAACCAGGGCAAGUACGAGGAGGUGGAGUACUACUACUGCCGUGCCCUGGAGAUCUAUGAGUGCAGGCUUGGCCCAGAUGAUCCCAAUGUGGCCAAAACAAAGAACAACCUGGCAUCUUGCUUUCUCAAACAAGGGAAAUACAAAGAGGCUGAGGUUCUGUACAAAGAGAUUCUGACUCGUGCUCAUGAGAAAGAGUUUGGAUCUGUUGAUGCUGAAAACAAGCCCAUCUGGAUGCAUGCUGAGGAAAGAGAGGAGAUGAGCAAGGGCAAGCAUAGAGACAAUACUCCAUACGGAGAGUACGGAGGCUGGUACAAGGCAUGCAAAGUGAACAGCCCUACAGUGAACACCACCCUGAGGAACCUGGGCGCCCUGUAUCGCCGACAGGGCAAACUAGAGGCUGCUGAGACCCUGGAAGAGUGCGCCGUGAGAUCUCGCAAGCAGAGCAACACAGGCAUCGACCCCAUCCACCAGACACGUGUGGUGGAACUUCUGAAGGAUACAGAGGGUGACAGGCGGAGGAGCAGGGAUAGCCUGACCAGCGUUAAGUAUGAGAGCGGCUCUGAGACUGGCGAGGAAGUGAGUAUGGGCGUGGAGUGGAACGGGGCCUAAGCCAUCAAGAUUAUUCCUCCAUCCUUCUCUCCUUCCCCAACACAAUAGCAAAAGGAUGUGUGUUGUCAUUCCCUCUGGCCUUCUCAAACCAACAGCUCCUCUGCCGUUCCGGCGCCCCCAUCUGGCAGAGACUCAGAAAGCCCCCCCCCCUUCCGUCCCCUCUUCGUCUGACAGCCACUGGGACGUUUGGUCUUCUCAUCUCUGCUCUAUCCUUUUCCUCUCACUAACCCUGUUGUCGCACACCAUCUCAGAGAUCCUUAUUUCAGCUCUUUGUCUCACUUAACGUUAAAGAAGUCAUCGUGUGUGAAAUCUCUUCCCUGUGAGAAAGUCACUCGCACAUUUUCCUCUCUGCAACACCCGUGUGUGAUUUUUCAUUCGUGCAUAGUAGAUUCAUUUGGCUAGAUAGAGGAGCAGGAAAAUAAUUGCUUGGAAGAUGGCAAAACAAAAAAGAUCAAGAAAGUCACCUUUGAUGGCAGCCUUGGCUCCAGCCUACAGUCACAGAAAACAGUCACUAUAGAGUCAGUAUAUUACAAAAUCAUUUUCACAUUUGCUCUGUAUUGGUCUUACUCGGAAUUUGUUUGUUGCUUUGAGCACUCAACAGUCUGCUUCUACAAUAAGUGAAAUGUGACCUUGAAGCUAGCUUCCAACCUGGUCCCUGUAUUUAGCCAUUAUAGCAUGUUUUUGUUUCUUAAAGAACGCUGUUUUUGCGGCCAUUACCUGUUUUCUGUUUUUGACUAAUGCGAUAAUGAAAUCAAAUGCCUAAACAGUUUGAAAAUAAAUGGUACGGUGUAGUUUCACAUGCUAGUCAAAAUAUUUCUUUUCUAACUUCUGUGGCCUAGUUGGCAGGAAAUGAGAAGGGAGUGUUACUAUUUUUGUUUUUAUAGAUGUAUUUCUUUUUAAUUUCAUUUUUUUUAAAUAAUUUUGUUUACAUUUUUUAAACGUCGAUUACCUUUUUGGCUGAAUAUUAAGGCAGCCGUUCGUCAACAAUGCCAUAGUGUUGCCUGUAGUCAUUGAAGGAGGGGCCAGCAUCAAAUAGGCCAAAGCUAACCCGCAAAAUGGUCAGAUCAUAGCAAGCUCUCGUUGCCGUUGCUCGUUACUCGCUUCAGUGUCCUUGGUCUGAUAGAGGCCAAGGACAAUGUAGAGCCUGAUAUUCAUACAGGCUCUACAUUGGAACAAAGCAUACACAGCAGCUCGCAUUUACAAAGGGAAUUGGCUGAGGCUGUAAAGCCAACAUGAUGGCAGAGAUCAACCGGAGUGUCUCGCAUAGACGCUGACCCCUUGAGAGAUUUCUAAAUAAUAAUAAUUUCAAAAUAAAGGACGUAAAUGCCCAGAAUUGCCUUUAUUUGUUGUGUUAUAAUUGAGUGGAAGCCUGGGUUCCUCAGUAGUUCUAGUGUGUAUUUGUGUAUGUUUUGGUGGUACAGUCACAGUGCCCACUCUGGCUAUGGAUACUGUAUUUGAACACAAAGCUUAAUGGAGUGUGCUGCCUUUUUCUUACAAGGUUGUUUGCCAGUAAACAUUGUCACUUUGGUGAAUCAUGUUUUUUAAACACCCACAGUACAGUGCGAGUGUUUCAACAUCAACAUGUUAUUUGAGAUGUUUAACUCACUGAAUGUAAAAAUGACUUUAACAUUUCGGAAGUGUAAUUGUAGACUGUAUUUAUAGAUCUGACAAGUGCAUUCACUAUACGGCUUUUCAGUAUGCUACUUGCCUUGAUUCUUCAUUCCUUCCAACAAGUACUCCUAUACUUCUAAUGCAACUCUGAACAAAAGAAUUGAUUAUGUACAUCACAUAAUUAUGACAAUAUUGUUGUGUUAGUGGAAUGCUUAUUUAUUGAACUGUCUAUUCUUGACAUAUAUAGUGUGACUUCAGUUUCCUAAAGUGGAAGAACAUAAAUGGUAAGGUCUAUAAGCACUAUCUUAGUAAGUAGGACUGCAUUAUAUUUACCAUUCUGCAUUGUGAUGAUUAUUGCAUCAACACUUGUUGGUAUUCUCAAAUAAAGUUUUUCAUUUGUGAA